UUGGAUGGAAAAAUCUGAUCUACGAGAAACGAGUCAGUACGGUCCAACCUCCGCUCUUUGCCUCUCUUCGUGUUACGGUUUCCAGGAUCACCCGAACCCUCCAUCUAAGAGAGCUGCCGUCUCCUCUCGGGAGUUGUAGGCUUUCUGAAAGCGGCGGCCUCUCCUUCCAGGCCUCACCUCCCGCCAGCUCCGCCCCGCCCGACCCACCUCACCCCCGCUUCGCGCCCCCAUUGUCCCCUCGCAGCUGUCACAGCGCGCACAUCCCGAGGCCCCGAUUGGAAAACCUUCCCGUCACUCAGCCCACACUCCGGGGCCGGACGCCUCACUCCCUAUUCCGAGCCUUAAAAGGUCUAAGGCCGCUUUCCGCGAGCCAGCAGCGUUUGACGUCAUCGUGCGUGUGGUGCCCCUGCUGCCGGGGCUGGUGAUUGGAGGAAACCCCGUGUCUGCGGAGCGGCUGUAGCCUGUGAGCAGCGAGAUCCAGGGACAGAGUCUCAGCCUCGCCGCUGCCGCCCAGAGACUGCUGAGCCCCCGUCCGUCCGUCCGCCGCCACCCACUCCGGGCACAGAACAUCCAGUCAUGGAUAAAAAUGAGCUGGUGCAGAAGGCCAAGCUGGCCGAGCAGGCUGAGCGAUAUGAUGACAUGGCAGCCUGCAUGAAGUCUGUAACUGAGCAAGGAGCUGAAUUAUCCAAUGAGGAGAGGAAUCUUCUCUCAGUUGCUUAUAAAAAUGUUGUAGGAGCCCGUAGGUCAUCUUGGAGGGUCGUCUCAAGUAUUGAGCAAAAGACGGAAGGUGCUGAGAAAAAACAGCAGAUGGCUCGAGAAUACAGAGAGAAAAUUGAGACCGAGCUCAGAGAUAUCUGCAAUGAUGUACUGUCUCUUUUGGAAAAGUUUUUGAUCCCCAAUGCUUCACAAGCAGAGAGCAAAGUCUUCUAUUUGAAAAUGAAAGGAGACUACUAUCGUUACUUGGCUGAGGUUGCUGCUGGUGAUGACAAGAAAGGGAUUGUGGAUCAGUCACAACAAGCAUACCAGGAAGCUUUUGAGAUCAGCAAAAAGGAAAUGCAACCAACACACCCCAUCAGAUUGGGUCUGGCCCUUAACUUCUCUGUGUUCUAUUAUGAGAUUCUGAACUCCCCGGAGAAAGCCUGCUCUCUUGCAAAGACAGCUUUUGAUGAAGCCAUUGCUGAACUCGAUACAUUAAGUGAAGAGUCCUACAAAGACAGCACGCUAAUAAUGCAAUUACUGAGAGACAACUUGACAUUGUGGACAUCGGAUACCCAAGGAGAUGAAGCUGAAGCAGGAGAAGGAGGGGAAAAUUAACCGGCCUUCCAACUUUUGUCUGCCUCAUUCUAAAAUUUACACAGUAGACCAUUUGUCAUCUAUGCUGUCCCACAAAUAGUUUUUUGUUUACGAUUUA